AUGUUCAAUAAUACUGAUAUAAACGAAUCAUUUCAAUCAUCGUAUUAUUGGUUGAUCGUCGCUGCGUUUUGUAGCAUAGUAUGGAUCGUUUAUUUAACAUACUACAACUCCAGAGUGGUUGGGUUUUUUUUAACUCUUGCCAUAAAUCGCUUUCUCAAGUAUGGCUAUUUAAAAAUUGGCUCAUUUAGUCUGUCUGUUCUGUCCGGGAAGAUUAUGUUUAGAGAAGUUUUAUGGAUAACUGAAGAUUACUCAGUGAGAUUAAAGCUUGGUUAUGCCAUAUUCAGAUGGUGGCAGCCACUCAUCAAAAAGGAUUUCAAUGAAGAUUUAUCUCAUUCUGACACUCGACUGUCACUUUAUUUGGAGAAUGUGGAAUUUCAUUUGUACAAUUAUUCAUCUAAUUUCUCGGAACUCGAAAAGAUUUUUGGGCUGGAUCAAAAUAUAAUACCACCAGACAAAUUGAAUACAUCUCUACAUGAUGACAAGUCCAAAAAUGAUUCAGCUGUCUUGCUGAACAAGAAGAGAUGGCAGUGGAGGGACUUGAUACCUGUCAUCAAACUUGACAUUUCAAAUAGUCGAAUAAUUUUUGGCAAUUACCUAAUGCCUCAAAGUCUGAUGAUUACAUCAAGGGAAAUGAGAAUGGUCUACACGACAAAACCAUCCUCAACACCGUUUGAUUUGUUCAUGCACAUCGUCAAGUGCAGAGCAGACAAUUUUAAAAUUAUGCUGGUUCCCAGCCCUAAAUAUUCUGGCAAGGCUGAUGAGCCUCCACGUUGCAUGGGAGAAGGAUUUGCCCUUGUUAGGAGUAGCAACGUUGAAAUUUAUUACUAUCAAGAUGAACCAGGUCUGGUACCGUAUGAGCCCGAAAGUGUAUAUCUGGCUAAUGGUGACGUGAUAUCUGUGAGGACCUGGCCCUGUUGGGGCAUGGACAUCAAGUGUGGCAAAAACACUGACUUCAGUUAUGGUCCGUGGUGUGAGAGGCAGAGGUCAUUUUUGUACAAAUUUUUCCUACCGGCAAACUAUGUGCCACUGAAGGCCAGUGAACUGCCACAACCAGGACAGCUGAGAGUUUGUCGAAGUUUCGAUUUUAAGAUGAGUGUGCAGAAUGAUGUGACCUUUGACUUACUUUUUACCAAGCAAACGGAAACUCAAGCUGUGCACAUGAAUUUCAAGCAGGGGUCAUAUUUAGAAUUCACAAUUCCGUGGUUCUUAGAUGAGCCCCAAUAUACAUUCACACUGACGGGCCAGCUGAUGCAUGUCGAUGCGAGCACCAGUCUCAUGUACAGAAAUCUUCUUGAAUGCGAAACAUUAGAGUUCUUCAUUAAAGUGAAAUAUUCAACCUACUGGAAUGAUUUUCAAGAUUGGGUGUACGAUCUAACAGCUUGCCGGGCCACAGCUCAUCUGCUCUAUCAACAUAAAAUCUUUUUCUCAGAUUUGAUUGAUGACUGGUCUAGCAAAGCGCAUCCAGAUAUCUAUUCCUUCAUACCUUACAAUGUGAAGUUGAACUUGAUGAUCAAAGAGUUUGAGAUUGUGGUGCUCACUAAUGAAUGGAACUGGAUUGAUUGCUUUGGCACGUCAACAGAAAAUGGCAAUUCUCACAUAGCAGUUACUGGCGACAUGUUUGACUUGACUUUGCAGCUACCAUUUGAUGAUUACCUUCCAGAAACUGUUGCUUGUAAACUUUUCAUCAGGGGAGAGUCAGCUGAAGGGUUUGUUUACCUUCCUGAAAAUUAUUCAAGUCGCCACAUGUUGAUCGCCAUGUCCGACCAUUUGAAGUUGCUGUCGAGAGAGGGUCUGGUCAAGAAUGAGGCUGCAUCUGAGGAACCAAAGGACAAAAAAUGGCAUCGACUCUGUUUGAAAGAAAAUGGAUGGGUCGAUGUAGUGACUUCUCCUAUAGUUGCUUUCAGCAUGGUCUACACUUAUCAUCCCAUGCCUCUGCUGUACACUGGCAAGGAACUUGGUUCGUUCAAUACCGAGGAAAUUGAUGCUGAAGAAUCCAUCUUGAUUCCAUUCAGACUGAUCCCACUUAGACCUCUCAGGCCUCAAAACCCCUCUAAAAAGAAAUCUAAGCACCAUUCUCAAAACAAGACCAGUGGGGGUGACGAUGAAUUUGAUGCAUCUGAAUUGGAGCCAGACAAUAUAUCAAUUGAACUUGAGAUAGGACCGUCUGUUUUGAAGGCUUACGGAUCCCUCGUUGCUUGUGCUUUAGAGUUCAAGGAAAAUUAUUUAGGUUCCUAUCAGAAUUUCACAGAUUUAUCUAAAAACGUGGACUUUUCAAAUAUAAAUGUCCCAUAUAAUUUGGGAACGGAUGAUGAUGGUGUUAAAUAUUCCUCAAAAACAAAUGAAGACACAUUCAGAAGUACCUCUACAUCAGUUGACAAUUUUGAUGCUAGGAUGUACAGGUCGUUUAACUUGAUGUUCCAUUUGACACUGCAUGACGUUCAAGGACAUCUUGUUAAGCACUGCACAAAUGAUGGUCCACCAUGUCCUAGUGUAUUUAUGGAGAGAAUGGUUGUGGAAGUUGACAAAAGAUAUCACGAAACCAUGCUCCAAGUUCUCUUCUCACCAAUCAUCGUUGUUUGCAAGGAUAACAUUGAAAGACUUGACCAGCACUCACAUCUGCAGACGGGAUAUUUAACUCUGUCUGCCUUGCAAAUAAGAGGCCACGCCAUGUUCUCCCACAAAGGUCUGCCCAUUGAUUCUGAAACUUUGGAAUAUGCUUGGUUGAUUGAAGUAACGAUGGGAGAUUUUGUUGGCAGACUUACAUCUUCCCAGUUACAGAUUAUUGUAGAAAGUUUACAAGCUUUCGUUGUUAUGGUCAGUGACAAAGAGAACAAGCUGGUUCGGCCCCAGGAGUUUCCCCCAUGUCAACACAUGGUUCCUCAACCAGAAUGUACAAAAUCAUCGGUGAUCAAUCUGAAGCCAUGUCCCACAGUUGCUGAUCUCAAAUAUGAAUUCGUCAGGUUGUCUGUGGAUUGCAUUGACUUCCAUAUGGUUGAAGCUGGCUCAGCUCUUUCCCUUCAGAUAAACCCGAUACGACUGGCGAAAUGCAAUAUAUUCAAUUCUAAAACAAUGGAAGGACUGACUAUUCUUCUUCCAAAAAUUUCUCUGAAACACUACGUGUCAACUCUACCAAUAGAUAUUACAACAGAGGCUUUUAACUCAGAAUCCAACACCUGGCUUGAAAGUGGGGGAUUGAAACUUGGUCCAAUUCAUAUCGACUUAAGCAAAACGUUGUUAGAUCUUCGACUUCUAAAUACUCAACAAGAUUUUUUACGCUUUCAUGAUCAGAGAUCCCAAAGACUUCAUUUUCUUUGGAACAUGCAAACUUGUGGUUGCGUUGGAGGUUGUGCUUUCUUUGGAAACAAUCGUAACGGGCCCAAGUUUUUUAAUCCAUCUCCUGACGACUACAGUGAGAAUAUUAAUGUAGCAGUACCGUAUGUUACUGAUUUUGUUGAUAAAAGUAUGUCAUUCGGUUUUGGGCAAAGUUUAUUGAGAAAUCAGGAAUACGUAUUU